AUGAAUGUCAUGGCGAGCUACAAGAUGGCCCAGUUGGUGGUCCCAAUCACAUCUGUGCAGUUGCCAGAGCUUCACCAAAAACAGCUGAAAUGGAUUUUACAAUCCGCUCCAUGCUCCGCUGAAAGCACUAAGCCACGGACACUGGGAAGUUGCCUGGAAAAGCGAGCCGCGCUGGGUGCCAAAAUGAGCCUUUACUACCAGAGCUGGAGGAUCUUACACAUAUUCUUUGCAACAAUUACAGCAGUUGUUACACAAGAUUUGAGCAGUAAAGAGCUGACAGACACGAGGAGCCCAGUGCCUUUCCCUGCCUUCCUUCCAGUCAACUAUGAGGUGCGAGAUGCGGAUUAUCUCUUCCUUAAGGAGGCUGGGCAAGACUUCAUGAGGAACUCCAGCAUGCAGAGUCACACACAGCCGUUUGUUAUCCUCAGAGCCAGCCGCCAGCCCGCUGUCAACGCCAGCUACGGCUCCAUGUCCACCGAGCAGCUUGUGCCUCUAGACCUGGUCCAGUCUGUGCAGCUCUACAACGCUCCUGAGGUCUUUACCUUCAACUGGAAGAUCCAGGCCUUCGUGCUGACGCCUCGUGUUUUCUCCUCCAAGCCCAAAGUGCGGGUGCUCUUCUACGUGGCGGGGAGGGACUGGGGCCGAGGGGAAGGGGCCGUGGAUGAGCUACCGUGUGUGACAGUGUAUGCUUUCUGGCAGACUCAGGAGGUCAGGGGUUCCUGUGCCAUGGGAGGUGAGAGGGGCACCUGCAUGGCUGAGCUCGCUCCCCCGCUGGGCUGGUUUGCUCCGGGGGUCGAGGGCACUAGCAGGGAGAGACAGGACCCGUCUACAGGGAAUCCUGUGGAGCUUUACUACCAGGCGCAGCCCAAAGUCAAGGGGAAGUGUAAUUCUUUGGAUGGCAGUCGCUGGGGCGGCUCACCGCGGCAGGCGGAGUACAUUCCUGUUACGCCCAUGCAGAGGAUUGGCAGUGUUCGGCUUCUGCAGGUGCCCAAAGGGAUGGCAACGCUUUCUAGACUCAAGCUGGGCAAUGCCAUCAUCAUACGGACGUCCUCCAAACCGCUGAAGAAGACUGACAUCGCCACCUUCUACAUCCUCAUGGCCAGCUCUGCUCAGCUCAUUAACUUCACUCUCAGAGCGACAGUAAAGAAAGGUGUGACCUUUCGCACGGCGACACCCAGUAACUCUUUACUGUGGGACAUCACUCUGGAUAUGGGUGCAGACGGAGCCAUCGCUGUGAUUUGUCAGAGGAAAGCUCCUAUACCUGGAAAAAGACUCGAGAGCAGCCUGCUGGAGGUGCUUCAGAUGGAUUUUGAAGUGGAAGAGCUGAGCAGCCCCCUCGACAGUCAGGUCAUCAUAUGGAAGCUGGAGCUACCAUCGGAUUUCAAAAACGUGGCCAAGACUGAGGGAGCCAUGAGGAUCUACACCACUCAGAGAGACUUUGUCGGCCUGGCCCCUCUUGUGAUGGACACAGAGAUCCUGAACACCGCUGUUCUGACUGGGAAGAAGGUGGUGAUGCCUGUUAGGACGGUGGCUGUGGAGGAAGACGGAUUAGUCACUGAUGUGUCUGACUACACAGACUGUAGCACCACAGAUGAAGAUGUACUCAAGGUGUCAGACAGAUGCGACUAUGUCUUUGUGAACGGCAAAGAGACGAAGGGCAAAGUGAAGAUGAUGGUGAACUUUACCUACAGCUACCUGAGUGCUCAGCUUGAGCUGAACGUCUGGAUGCCCCGACUCCCCCUCCAGAUCGAGGUGUCAGACACAGAGCUGAGCCAGAUCAAAAGCUGGAGGGUCCCUAUAAUGACAUCAAAAAGAUCUAGCUGGAACAGUGAAGAAGAUGACAGAAAGGGGAAGGGCUGCAUGCUGCAGUUCCAGCAUGCCCUGGUGCGGGUGCUUACUCACUUCAUGGCAGAGCAGGCGGACCCUCGGGAUCCAAAGGCCUUUUUCCUGGGCUCAGAUUGGCAGGUGGACGUCACGAGGCUGGUGCGAUACUUCAUGAAGGUGGAGGAUCCUCGAGUGGCAAGGCUGCAGGCAGGAAGGGUGUUGUCUGGACGAGACCCUGGGACCACCAGCGUCCAGGUGUUUUCUCCUCUCUCUGACACAAUCUUGGCUAAGACAACGAUUAAAGUCCUGGAUGACAAAGUGACCAUUACAGAGUUGGGGGUCCAGCUGGUUACAGGUCUCUCCAUGACUUUACAACUUAGUCCUGGAAGCAACAGGGCCAUCCUGGCUACCACAACCACGCAGGAGGUUCUAUGGAGCCCAAAUCAGGAGGCUCUGGUCAGUGCCUGGUUACAAUUCAGCGAUGGUAACCAGACUCCCCUGGACAUUUAUGAUCCUGCUUUCUACCGCAUGACAAUAACAUCUCUGGAUCAAGGAGUGGUGUCUGUGCAGGGGACACCCCCAACUGUGAUGGCAGUGGGUGAAGGUGAGGGAGUCCUGGUCAGAGUAGAGAUGUCCAUCUGUGAGGUCUGCCAGAAAUCCAAACGCAAAAGCACUGUAGCCGUAGGCAGCGGCAAUCUCAGGGUGAAGUUUCGGGGAAGCAGCAGGCGUCCAGAAGGCAACACCAGUGAUAGCAGCACUGUUAGCAGCAAGGACAAUGGCAGUGACUAUGGAAAUGAUGGAGGAGUCCUGGACAGCAACAGGAAGCAGAGGAAGCCAUCUCAGGAUCCUCCAGCAGGGAGCUCAAACUUAGAUAGAGAGGAGGGUGCAAUGCAGAAGAUCACAACCACGAUUAAAUCAACAGAACGAACCUUCAUUACCAGUGGCAGCCUUGGAGGAGUGGGUAAGAACAGCAAUGCGGGAAAUGCUGGAGACCCUACUAGCGUUGUCAAUACUAGCAUGAUGAGCAGCCCCAGUGACGGCAGCAAAACUUACGGCUCAGACAACAUGAUAGCUGAGGAUAUGAGCAGUGUAAGCUUUACUAGUACUGUAAAGGCUCCUGGGAACUUGGUAAACUCUUACAACUUCCCCCCAAAGGUGGAGGUACCCGGACAGAAAACAGAGGAGGUGGAGAUUGGUGGUGAAGAACUGUUGGCCAAUAGGCCGCUCACGGACCUGGAGAUUGGCAUGUAUGCUCUGUUAGGAGUCUUUUGCUUGGCUAUCCUGGUUUUUCUGGUUAAUUGUAUUUCUUAUGUAAUAAAGUUCAGGCACAAGAAACCUCCCUCUCACAGCCAGGAGCCCACAGGGCACAGGCACGACUGGGUAUGGCUCGGCACGGACGCUGAGCUGGUGAUGAGCGUACCGGGCAGUCCAGUCCAACAGGACUCCCAAACUACAACCACUGUCAUAGACAUUGGGCCAGACAAGACUACCUCUUUGUCUCGAAGGCCUAGUUGCCUGGCCUCUGUUACUGACUCUCCUAUCAGCUGUGUGGGCUCCAUCAGGAACAAACCUAUGCACAGUGAGUCCAUCCACUCGCCCACCAGCAAGAGAAAGAGAGUCCAGUUUACCACUUUUUCCACUCUGGAGCGCCAGCAUUCGCCACAUGUCCCGCCCAGGGAGAACGGCCAUGGCAUCCACUGGGUUGGGAAGGAGGACAGCUGUGAGGAAGAACCUCAAGUGCCCACUUUGGAGCCUGGGGACCAGUUAUAAUAGCGGAUCUGAUCAGACCUCACAUGUACAGUAGAUGUGGCUUUGAUCACCUCAAUGCCUUUGUGACUCCAAUAACUGUCUAGAAUAUGUGAUUUUGGACUUACCCUCCCCUACAUUUCAUUACCUUUCAAGGCCUUUUACAUGUACAUGUACUGUAUAUUAUUGUGAAUAUCAGAGUGUGGAUGCGUAUGAUCAUGUUUUAGAUGUUGGAGCAGAUGGACUCUAAUUUACACAAUGUUUAAAGCCACCAAAUGUUACUGCUGCAUGUGGAUAUCUAUGUGUCUAAACUUUUGCACUCACAUGCUGAUAUAUACAAAACAGACACACCAAAAAGUAUCUUAAAGAACAAAUACAAUGUACCAAUUACCUGUCAUGAUAAGGAACUCUGUGAGACAGAAACAAGCUUCACCAAAAAUGUGGCUUUAAUUUAAACAUAAUUCUAAGUGAAAUGGUUGUUUUUUUUAAUGCAAUAUCCAAGACUUUUUUCUUUGUAAACUUACAUUGAGUUGAUUUUCACUAGUUUUUUUUUCUUUCAU